AAUUCCUGCCCCAGCGAUAAGGAAAUCGAGUUUGCACUCCCAUUGUUUUCGAAUUGGGCCGAUCCGAGAUUAGGGACGUCGAAAAGCAUAGACAACAUGAUAGAAUGGUAGCGUCCCUGUACCGCGCACUCUCCCAUGUCCUAGCUUCCUCGUCGGUGGAGAACGUGGGCUCUGAGGAAUCAAAAGAGAGCGACACUCAGGACAAAGAUGAGGCUGCCGUAGCGACUUUUUUACAGCACUAUUUGGACUUCACGAUCUCAGAUUUUCAGCUCGCUGGGACGCUGGAUAAUACGCCGAUGGCAAUUUUGGUUAGAUCUGUCCCAUUCGCCAAGGGGGUUUGGUUACAGGGGGCUCUAAUACCAUGUAAAACAGACGGGUCUGUGGCCGUCGCCAUCGCUAGUGGAAAGAGAUCCACUACCACCCGCACGCAAUUUCCAAUUGCUCUUGAGUGCAGGCGGCUUCUUUACAGGAAACCGGCCUCUAACAUUGUUUGUUGCUCAGAGGGCCGCCGAACUGAUUUCCAUUGGACAACAUGCCCGAGAACAGAAACCGCAUGCAGAUCCGGAGAGUCUUGGAAUCGUACUUCACUGCCGCCAUGCGCAAAUUAUCUCAGCGGUAUUUUCCGCGGGCUACCUGGAAAAGCUCGAUACCUGGAAUGAUUUGGCGGAAAAUGAUUUUUUGCUUAUCAAAGCGACCAAACCGUAUGAUAUGGGAAAGGGCGAACAUAGGAAAAACUUUACGAUCGCCGUUAUUGGGCUGAUAA